CAGGAAUUGUGAAACUGAGUUUAAAUGUAUUUGGCCUAAAAAAAGGUGUAUGUAAACUUCCGACUUCAACUGUAUAUAUAACCUUGUAGAGUAUAAGAGGUGCGUCAUUCUCCUCAUCAGUACCCAGACACGCUGGGGGUGAUACAGUUCAUUGGCAUUUUUCUUGAAUUUAUGUAAUUUAGUACCAGAGCUUUCCUUACUCUACAGAUACUAUAACAGUCAAAAGCUCUUUCAGAGAUGCUCUCGGGAACUGGUCAUGUUGAUUUGCUGUGGUGGGACAUUAGUGUCACACUUUUCACUCCUUGGAAUCACUUAUCAACGGUGCAUUCUAUUGGACUUCAAAGCUAGUUUGCUCUGUGCCUGGCUCCCCAUAGUGUUGUACUGGUCUUACUGGGGGGGCUGACCGUGCCACCCCAAUCAACUCCUGGUCUGCUUAAUCAGGCUAAGAGUAUUUAAUUCAGCUGCUAAUGUUAGUUACUUCACAACUCUCACACUACCUCAGUCCACUCACAGCACUGGCCACGGAACGGAAGGAGUUGUUGUGAGGGGGGGGCUGAAUUGGUGACAUUUUUGCCAUUUGUGACCUGUAAACAGAUUUCUGAGAGUGAUGUUUUCACAUUGCAUGGCCCAGACCUGCCCUAUGAAGUUUUGAUCAGACUGGAAUGGCUUGGGCUGUGCCCAUACAGACAACAUUCUGGCCGAGCAGGCAUGGUGUGUUCUGCCUGUGGCCAUACAGCGGUUUGUCUGUGGUGUCUCAGUGUCUGCAAUAAUGACAGGUGAGAAUGACCCUGCAGAUAGGAAUUAACUGUGUUCACCCAGAAUGUUAGUUUCUGUUGCCUUAUCGCUCUCUUUUUCUCACUAUCUCUCCUUCUUUCUCCAUGCUCUCUCUGAGUCCCGUCUCCCAGCCAGCCAGCCUCUCUCUCUCUCUCUCUGAUGUAGAUUCAUCAUGUUUAAGAGAAUCUCAGGGAUUAUGGUGGAUUAGCAGUGGGCAUUAAUGGUUAUGUAAAAUCCAGCAGCACUGUGAUUUGCUGGGAUUAGAGGUGGGCUGGAGUUGGGGGUGUGGUUUGGCACGCUGGUGGGGAGGAAGGCAGAAGGGAGGGGAUGAGAGAGUAUGGGAAAGAGUCUGGCUCGUAGAGCUGGGACCUGGCAGUGCUCCCUGUUGCGAGGCUGUGGAGAGGGCACUCUGUUUGGAGGCGGGGCCAGUUGUGGCAUUUGCCCAACCCCUAUCCACCUCACUCAGCCGGAGGGUCUUAGUCUGCCUUGGUCUUAGUCUGCCUGGCUCUGCCUGUUCUCUCUGGUUGCUCCUCCACCUGGUUCUCUGGAUCUGUUUUUGGAAACGCCUGGAGUUGGUUCUCUAGUUCUAUAGCUCGGGAUGUCUCUCUGAUUCUGUAGAUCUUUGGAUCAGUGGCUCUCUGAGCUAUAGCCCAGGACUAAGCACCACAUAGUCUUGCCCCCCCCCCCCCCCCCCAUGCUUCUGCCAUUGCUCUGAGAUGAUGUUCUGUACCACCUUCUUGUCCUCUCCCUCUGAGGACCUAUCUGAGGGGGGAGGAGGAGGGGCGAUGCUUCCGGGAGGGUGUCUCUCCACCCUCCACUGCCUGAUCCUUCCCCAGGAGGAACUAUAUGCGCCUCCCUCGGACCUCGCUACCCGCCUCUCGCUACGCCACGGGGACCACGCUUGUGGCGUGGUGGGUAAGAUGCUGCUGGACGUCAACAUGGCGGCGGCCGGAGAUUGUAAGGUGGACAGAGGGUGGAGGAAGGGGGACGGAAUUCCCUGUGACUGUAGUCCCUCAGUCUCACCCUCGGUCAGAAAGAGCCCCCGUGGGGACUCCAGCCACAGAGGCCCUGCCCUGCCCAUGGCCACGGUGGACAUCAAGAAUCCAGAGAUCAGCAGUAUGCCACGGUUCCACGGCCACAACUCUCAGCUCAACAUGGUGAGCAGCAGCGUCAACAACAACAACAAGAAGGAGAAGAAGGUGAAGGGAAAGAAGGGCAAGAAGCUGACCAAGGCAGACAUCGGAACGCCCAGCAACUUCCAGCACGUUGGCCAUGUCGGCUGGGACCCCAACACAGGCUUCGAUGUGAACAACCUAGACCCGGAGCUAAAGAACCUGUUUGACAUGUGUGGCAUCUCUGAGGCCCAGCUGAAGGACAAGGAGACUUCCAAGGUCAUCUAUGACUUCAUUGAGAAGAAGGGAGGAGUGGAGGCAAUCAAGAUAGAGCUCCGCAGACAAGCCCCUCCACCCCCUCCUUCCAGAGGCGGACCCCCACCCCCUCCCCCACACCAGACCUCCAGCCCCCCACCCCCGCCCCCACCGGUCAGGGGCAGGGGCGCACCUCCCCCUCCACCCCCCUCCAGAGCGCCCACCUCAGCACCACCACCUCCUCCCCCCUCCAGAACAGGCAUGGGAGCUCCACCCCCACCCCCAACUAGAGGCCUUCUGCCCCCUCCUCCCCUGGCUCCCCAUGCCCCACCUCCUCCCCCACCUCCCUCCUUCACCUCAGCAGGUAUUGGUUCCGGGGCACCACCUCCUCCUCCCCCGCCGCCUCCCGGCCCUCCUCCCCCACCCAUGCUUCCGGAAGCUGAUGGAGGGGGUGUAGGUGCUGGUAAGCCCUCAGCCCUGUUGAGCCAGAUCAGGGAGGGGGCUCCGCUGAAGAAGGUGGAGCCCGUUUCUACCAGCACCAGCCGAGACGGUCUCCUCGAACAGAUACGACAGGGCAAACAGCUAAAGGCUGUGACUGACGAACCAGGGUCAGGAGGACCCGCCACCCCUUCAGCCGGCAUCGUAGGCGCUCUGAUGGAGGUGAUGCAGAAGAGGAGCAAAGCCAUCCACUCCUCAGAUGAUGAUGACGAUGAUGACGAGGAAGAAGACUUUGAGGAUGAUGAUGAGUGGGAUGACUAGUGACCCUCCCCCUCGCGGAUGAUUAUGACAACACUACAUUGUUCCUAAAUUGUCUUUCUAAAUCUUAUUCAAAUUAUAAUGUAAAUGUUUUAUCAAUUUGCUGUAUAUUUUUGUUGCCUUUUUUUUUUUUUUAUAGACUAUUCUGUGCAAUACCUCAUUUAAUCUGUAAAGGUUUGUCAUGUUAUCUUUCUGUAAAGUUUUCUUCUCUCUCUCCUGGAUUUAAACUUUUUACGUCAAGUUUCUCUUGAUCUAAGAGGUCAGUCAGUGACUGGAGAGAACAAAUGAACAAACUGUCAGAGCCCUUAAUUUAGUUGUUAAAAAUCGAGAACACUAUUUUCAUACCCUUCUCUUACUUUAUUUUUACUUAUUCAAAAAUCCUAGUUUAGCACUCUUAUUUUCUUAUGAAAUCAGCUAUGUUGGAAUAUUUAGCCCCAUUUGCUGUCAAUUGUAAAUCUACUCGGUUUGUAUUUUUGCACGAAUUGAAAGAGGCUCAGUACGUGAAUACAGAGCAGUAAUCAUGGCUGUAUCUGCAACGUUAUGCUUGAAAGGCUAUCACUUAAAUUAUCCAACACUGUCAACCCGUACACUACAGUAGUACACACACACAGCUGUCUUCUCUGUUUUUUGUUUUUUCAUCAUAGUUACAAUACAUUAUUGAUUACAAACGGUUAUCACAAACAAUGUUUUUUUUGUUUUUUUUAUAGUAGCAAUCAGUCUCCUACAGUUUAUUUGUUUGAAUCAGGUCAGUGCAGAUGCAAAGCUUGAGGAUGAAUUAGUUUGUCAACUUAAUAUGACAUCUGAUUUUGCAGCUGUGUCCCAUGAUGAUCUGUUUAUCUAACAAACUGUCCCUCAGAACCAGUGAACUACACUAACACAUCUACUAUUGACACUAACCUGACUCUACACAGGGGGAUACUGCUUUCUCAUUGGAAGGGAACCAAUGCUGUUCUUUACAGUAUUGCUCUGUCUGUUUUCACGAUGAGUGAAACUGCGUUCAGGAACCAAGAUAUAUGGACAUCAAACCUUCAGAAAUUAGGUUGGAAGAAUAAUGGACUAUUAAAUUGUACACUCAAAUAAAUGUUAAUAAUUUACAGA